CAAAAGUAGGCGCUUGUCGGCAGAUAGGGAUUUCUGUAAAAUGCUUCUGAAUGUGUAAAACUUGUAUUUUUACCAUUUUUAUAUUUUGAGCCAACCUUAACGAAAAUUUACUCUAGAUUUAAAAAAUGUUGGUCUUUUUAUCUAAUUCUAACUAUAAAUAUAAGAAAAUUACCAAAAACUAAGACACUCAUUCGGUUUUGACUGAAAACGGUCCGGAAACGAUGUUUAUUUUCUUGUAUUUCGUGUUUUAUUUACUCUUUUUGUGCAUCGUGAUUUACGAGUCGAUCCCCUAGUAUUUGGUAUGGUUGGAAAGGUCAUAAAAUAAAUAUUCUGAAAAUAGCUAUUCCGGGUCAAAUGCAUUAUUAUUUGGACCAAUGGCAAGCAUUCUUCUAGUGGGUUCUACCGUAAACAAAGCCCUCUUGUUGCCACGGAGCAUUGAGACCGCAAAUUUGAUUGGAUUACAGUAGUCACGUGACCCUCCGAAGCGAAAAAAAAUACUUCCGGAUAGCUCCAUUCGCAAGUACACGCUGUCGAGGAAAGCCUAUGAAAUUUUUGUCCGAUUAAUUUUACAUAAUUUCUAUUAAUUUUACUACUGAAUUUACCUGAUAUUCUGGUAACAUGGCUUCAAGUAGUAAAUAUGUGGCAGAUUUGUUGAAUGAUGCAGAAAAUUGUGGUCUAGCGGGCGUCGCAAACUUGGGCGAUUUCCUCACCGAGUAUUUUGGUGAUCCUGAUGAUGCUGCUUCAGUUGCUGGUGAGAGUAUCAUAGAUGGUGAUGACUCUGACGAACACUCAGAUGAUGAUGAUCCACAACCAAUGGAUAUGGACUCGGACAAUGAUGAAGCUUUGCGUGCUGUUCUCGGUGAACCAAUGAAUUAUGAAGUUAACGAGAACGAAGCCGAUGAAUUAUUGGAUGCAAUAGCUAUGGUUGGAGAAGCUGCAGAAGAGGUAGUUCACAUAAAGGAGCGAAAGUGCCACUGCCACUGUAAGCUCUUCAAUGGUCAACGAUGCAUCGAACAGUUUACCAAGUUAGAGUGCGAGGAGAUUGGCAUGAAUAUUGAUGAGAUGUCAUGCUUUGAGAAGGACCUUCUGAUAUUGGGCAUUAUAUCUGCAUCGAUCAACACCUCGGAAAACACUGAGCAAGCCAAGCAAAAGCCAGCCAAGAGAAAAUGUACCAGAAUGCGCUGGUUCUUCAUAAGUAAAGGAAAAUUUACUAACCUGAAGACAUGGUAUAAUAAUAAUGGAUUAAUACCGAGAAGGAAGAAAAGUGGUAAGCUUUUCAUAUUUUCUUUCACUUAA